AUGAGCGACGAGUACGCAGAACUUUGCAAACCAACGUUCAAUCCUAAAAUCAGGAAACCGAUCGUGAAAAUCAGCGAACCGCUCGCAAGAAAUAAGGAUCCGUUCGAACGCGACAGCGGAUGGGCGUUGUCGCGAAUACUGAACCUAAUCGUGAACGUGAACAAGUGUAAUCCCAUGCGCGCGGGAUGUUGGAUGAAAUUACCGCUAGGUAUAAGACUUAAAAAGGCGGUGAUCAACGUGCGGUCGGAGAACGACGCGUGUUUCGCGCGCGUGGUGGUCGCUGCUCUGUAUCCCGCCAAGCGGAACGCGGAACGAUGCGGCUCAACGACGAUCAACGUAUUCGCAACUCGGGAAGGAAUUGAAAAGAAAGCUAAGUUCGGACGGGGCGCCGACGACAACGCGAUCGUGCUUCUGCGGUUAACCGACGAUAAGAGGGACAGGCACGUAAAUCUCCUGUAUCUGCGCGAUACGCUACGCGGCGUCAACAGGGGCCAUUUCGCCUGGAUAAAGAAUCUGUCGCGAUUGGUGGGUUUGCAAUUGACCGUGAGCCGGUGCGCGAAGCACGUUUGCGAUCAAUGUCUACACUAUUUCUAUACGCGCGAUAAGUUGGACGCCCACAGCGUCGACUGCGGCCAAAUGAACGACUGCGCCAUCGUUCUUCCGAACGAGAACGAUAAGUGGCUGUCGUUCGACAAUCACGACAGAAAGGAGCGACUACCCUUCGUGGUGUACGCGGAUCUGGAGUGUCUUCUCGAACAACGGAAGAGGGAAAACGUUGAAGGGGGCGCGAGAACGGAAAGAUACGCUUAUCAGCGUCACGUACCGUUCAGCCUGGGCUACUAUCUGUGCUGCACCUACGACGAUACCGCAUCCGCGUACAGAUGUCGCGGCGAGGAUUGCGUUUCGUGGUUCGUGAACGAGUUUCGCGUUCUCGCGCAUCGCGUUAAAAAUAAAUUUUCCACCAAUAUAGCGAUGGUAAAACUUACGGAGGACGAGAAAAGCGAAUUUCGGCUCGCGACUCAUUAUCACGUGUGCGGGAAAUCGUUCCAAUCCAAGGACAAGCGCGUGCGAGAUCACUGUCACCUAACCGGGCGCUACAGAGGUCCGGCGCAUUCUCGUUGCAAUCUGAAGUACAGAAACGUUUACGUAAUUCCCGUGUUCUUUCACAAUCUGUCGGGUUACGACGCGUACUUCAUCGUCGAGAAAAUCGCGAACGAGUUUGAAAGCGGGGUCGAUCUGCUGCCGCUCAUGAAGAAAAGUUACAAUCUUUCUCGAAGACCGUUAAGGAGACGCAGACGGACGGGGGAUAAGAUCGCGGCGAGUAUCGAAACCCUGGCGUCCUAUCUGAACAAGGACAAGUUGAGAAUAACGCGUUCGGAAUACGCGGAUUUGAGCGCGGAGGAUCUCGAUUUGCUCACUUGCAAGGGAGUAUUUCCGUACGACUCCCUGACCGACGAGACCGCGAGCGAGAGCGACUACGAGCACGCGACGAGGGUCUGGCGACGCUUUCGCGUGCGAGAUCUCGGCGAGUACAGCGAUCUGUAUCUCAAGACCGAUGUGCUUCUUCUGGCGGAUAUAUUUGAAAAUUUUCGAGACGCGUGUUCAGCGAGUUAUGGGCUUGAUCCCGCGCAUUAUUAA